GCUUUGAAUUCUUUUUGAGCCAAUUAUAAAUGGCGGAAUGGAAAAAUCCAAAAUUGCUAAUAAGAAAAAUGAAAUUCGGUUCAAUUUUGAAUUGGCAAUCAGUUGACAACAAAUGGAACCCUCUUCGGAAGAGUCCUUCACCUCUCAUAUAAAGAGUUCCAAACUAAGAAAUCAAUGGAGUUGGCUUUGUCACAUUAUUAAACGUUAUCAGAAACUAGGGAUAUUACCCAGAUGGAUAUUUAGUAGCGGUCAACCAGUUUCCCUACCAUUCUUUAUCUUGUUGCUAUUUUUUAUCCUAUCGAUUGGAGUUGUAUGGAGACGUUCUAGUCACUGUUCUCAUAUUUUUAUUGAUUUGGGAAGCAAUGUAGGAGAUUCCAUAGAAAAGUUUGUGGACCCCUACAAUCAUCAGUAUCGUCACUCAUACCUUGCCAAAAUAGUAAGGGAGCAUAAAUGGCAAGCAAAGGACUUUUGUAUCUAUGGAUUUGAAGGUAAUCCCCGAUUCAAGGAAAAACUAGCGAACCUUGAAAAGUUUCUUGGUUCUGUAACCAAACGCAUUCAAAUAUUUACGGAAACUGUGGUUACUACCCAAAAUGGUCUCGUUCCUUUUUAUCUCGAUGAAAAUUCCUAUCAACACAAUUUUUGGGGUUCUUCAUUGAUUGCUAGUCAUAGAGAUGUUUGGAUGAGUGGGAAAAAGUCUAUUCAAGUAUAUGGUAUCGACUUUUCCUCCUUUUUGGCUCAAGUGUUGGGAUGUUCCUUUCGAUCAUGUAAAGAUAGAAGAAAAGCUAAAACAGUGAUAGUACAGAUGGAUGUAGAAGGAGAAGAAUAUUCCAUUCUUCGUCAAUUGCUAAUGAGAAACAUGUUGUGUGGUGUGAUCGACUAUUUAUUGGUAGAGUUUCACUCCCACGCCUUUCGACUGGAUGAUAACACCACCGUAAAAGGUGCACCUCCUCUAGAGUUUGAGAAGUGUUUUCAUUGGUUGGCACAACAUCCAGAGUGUAAGACCACAGUUAUUACCCAAGGCUUAGUGGAUGACUAUCAAAACGUAUAAAGCACUCUCAUUCUAAUGUGUUUUCCCACUGGGACUUGUAAACUAUGCAGUCUUCCAAUUCCAAAGCCUAUAA